AUGAGGCUUCCCUGCAUCGCAAAUGUCACCGCCGUUGGCGUAAAAAUGCUGCUGUUCGCACGACGCCGUCAAGACCUCACCCCCACUCAAUUUCACGACUACUAUGAGAACACACACAUGCCUCUCCUCAAAAACCUCUCGGGAGAUGUUUUUCCCUUAUCCCACACCCGCUCUUAUGUCAUUCGUGACGAGCCCGACUUCUUGGCCAGAGUCGUGCUUGGCGAGCAGUCCGACUUUGUCUUCGAUUCCAUGGCCAUCUUGACCUGGAAGGAUGAGGCCCAUUUCAACGCCACUUUUACGGUUUAUGGAGACGACAAUGUUGGGAAGAAGAUCGCGGAGGACGAGGAGAACUUCAUCGAGUGGGGAAAAGCUGUUCUUGUUGCUUGA